UUAUAUUCAUAUACGGUAUUCAUCGUACGAAUCCUAUUGCUUAGAGGCAGUGCAAUACAAGUUCUUUCCUCACGAGCCCUCAAAAUGCCUCCGCAACAUGCUUCCAGAGACGCUCUGGUGGAGCCAGACCACAUUGAGUUAUCCACCGUGUCUAGCGCGAGAAGCACUGGGAGACGGUCUGCGGGGUCGCCAACCCUGACUCCAAAUCCAACUACUCCUCAAACAUCCAAGAAGUAAGCUACAUUUGCUCUGCUCCGAAUAACCAAAGCUCACCAGCCAGACAAUUCAUCAUGAUCGUCCUCUCCUCCUUCACCAUCAUCUUCACCUGCUGCGGCCUCAAUUUCGCCUGGGGCGUCUACCAAGCCCUCUACGAGAACCUGUCCCAUCACCCCAACACCCCCUUCACAGGGGCCUCGCCGGCCGAAAUCGACCUGAUCGGGACCGUGUCAUGCUCGCUGAUGACCAUCGGGGCCCCAUUCAGCGUGGCGUGGGCCAAAGCCUUCCCACCGCGCGGGGUCGCCUUCGUGGGCGGGUUCGUGUUCGCUCUAUCCCUCGUGCUGGCAAGUUUCGGGCAGCGGCUGUGGCACUUCGAACUCGCGCAGGGAGUCCUCAACGGGAUUGGGACCUGUCUCUGCUACAUGGUGGCCGUGACGAUCGCUCCCGGCUGGUUCACGCAGCGUCGCGGACUGGCGAUGGGGAUCAUCCUGGCGGGCACCGGGGUGGGAGGGCUAGUGUGGGCGCCAGCCCUAACCGCCUGCGUCGAGCAUCUCGGCUUCCGCAACACCCUACGCCUGACGGGGGCUGUCUCCUUCACGCUUAUCUCGGCUAGUAGCAGCGCCAUGGCCUGGGAGCCCGGCACGCGCACGCAGAUCGAGAUCGAGAACUCCGCUCGGAGCAGCCGCAGCCGCGUCCAUGGCCUGCUGAAAGUGCCCCUCGUCGACUGGCGCGUGGCGCGCUCCCGUCGCUUCAUCGCCCAGGCCCUGGGCGCAGUGUUCCAGGCCGCCGCCUACUACACUCCUGUCUUUUUCUAUGCCUCGUAUGCCCAGACGCUGGGGUACAGCACCGCUGCCAGCGCCAACUUCAUCGCGCUGAGUAAUGCCUGCAACGCCGUCGGCAAGGUGGUCAUCGGGUAUUUGGCUGAUCGUGUGGGACGGCUGAAUGCCCUAUUGCUGACCACCCUGCUGAGCGCGAUUUCCACCGUCGCCUUCUGGCUCCCGUCCACGGUCGCGGGGGUGACCACCGAGUCGAAGGAUCUGUUCAUCACGUUCACCGUGCUGUAUGGCAUUUUUGCCAGUGCGUACGUCUCGCUAUUCCCGGCCAGUCUGGUCGAAUUGUUUGGGGCGCAGAACUUUGCGUCUGUCAAUGGGGUGCUGUAUAUGGUGCGGGGGAUGGCGACGAUGAUCGGGACGCCCGUGGGUGGGGUCUUGAUUCGGAGUGGGAGAAGUGAGACCCCCGGGGCGUUCCGGAAUAUGUCGGUGCUGGUGAGUGCGCUGUUGUUUGCUGCGACGAUGUCGGUGGUUUGGGUCAGGGUUGAGGCGUUCGUGGGGAUGAAUGGGGCGGGGGGUAGGAGUAAGUGGCAACGGUGAUGGCUUCAUUGCUGUUGAGGUGUUGCUGCAAGGCCAGUCUUCGUGCUGCUCGCUUCAAAUAAGGUUCUAACCUUCGAAAUCAAACCCCUAAGAAGAAGAAGGAGAAUGCCAGAAACAUGCGUAGAGUUAUCGAAAGAUAAUUAGCUUCGUGUUUACUAGACCCCGGAUAUCUCUUCUGCACUGUACCCUGGGAUGUGAACACGAACAAGUUGUGUUUGUGAGAAAUUUGUUUCUCCCAGAGAUCUUCAAUGACCAGAAUACUAAUUCGAAUAGAUGACUAUACUGCUACAUUAAUCCUG